CCUCGAUACGCGCUUCACAAAAAUCAUCCUGGAUUACUUGACAAACGCUUCGAAGCCUCGACACGGGAGGACACAUCACUGGAAGUGCCGUCCGAGCAGAGUCUGCACCGGAAGCGACCUCCACAGGUCUGCAGUCAGACUCUUGGAGACACAUUUAGUUAAACGCAUCUACAGUCUGUGAUUUUGCCAGCUAGGCGCUUCAUCUUUGCCACCAUCUUAAAAUCAGGUUUCCGGUUCCUUCAGUAAACCGACGGCAGCAACGGCGCUCACACGGAACUGUCUCCAGUCCAGGCUGAAAACUACUCAUCAUGGAGACAACAGUUGAUAAGCUUGAGGCGAUGUUUCUGAGGUCAGAGGCUGACCUGGAAUACAUUGAGAAACGGCUGAAGCUGGACUUCAUCAACAGAACUGCAGAAAAUGGAUCUUCUGCUGAGGAGAACCCGGCAUUGAUGCUGGAGAACCUGAGGGCCCUCAAGGCCAAACACACAGCGUUGUGCUCUGAGGUGAAGGAGAUCACAACUGCACAGAAAGAAUCUAUGGACUCCAUCAAAAACAAUCUUGGCAAUGUCAUGAAGCUGAUCCAACAUUUACAACAGACCACUGAUGUGAAGGUUGAGCCACUGACGAAGUCAGAGCAGGAUGCGGCAGAGAACCUGGCUUCAGCUUUAAGUCAGACCACUACAGAAAAGUUCACCGUGCCUUCACUUUUUCACCAAGGUUCUCUGUGAAGGUGGAACAAACUGAUUUGUUUAUCUGUAGAGCCUGGAGGAGGCUUUUUCGAUUUGUAGAUUACACAUUAAAUUAAAUCUCAAUACAAAAGUGUUUUUUUGAGUUUUAAAAGUGGUUGGCAAACCAGCUUCUCCAGAAAUGAUCCAAAGCCGAUGUAUGUGAAAUUACACAUUUUCAGAUUUUCUUCUAACAGCCCCCUGGUAAAAUGGCCGUGGAAUGUCCAAGUAAGCCCAUGUGAGAAAACAGCCAGAUGGUCAGAAAAAUUCACAGCAAGCAAGUGGGCAUUACAUCCUAAAACACGACAGACGCAAGCCUGAAAAAUAUAAACCAAAAAGAAUACAAAUGGAGACCUGUUGAAUGUGCUCCAAAAAAACAGGUGAAAUAUAAAGUAGCAAUCAGAAAUAUUCAAUCCCCCAAAGAUUUUAAGGAUUUAUCAAUUAAAGUUUUUCAAAGAGCAAGAUUCUGCUACGGAUGACUUCUUUAUAAGAUGGGUGAUACAUAAAAUCAACACAGAAAAAGCAUGAUGUAAUAUUUGUGGGUAACAGUAUAUUUUGUUAGUCAGAACAACUAAGAAAACCCCCUGUGUGACUACAAGACCCCUACAGGAUGAAGGCUGUUACAAGUGCUUCAGUUGCAACUAUAAGGGCGGCUGUGGCUGAGGGGUAGAGUGGUCGUCCUCCAACCUGAAGGUCGGCAGUUCGAUCCCCAGUCUGACCCAUCUGCAUGCCGAAGUGUCCUUGGGCAAGAUGCUGAACCCUGAAUGCCCCCCCCAUAGAAUAACAAAGUGCUGCGGAUAGAUGCACUGUAUGAAUGUGUGUGAAUGGGUGAAUGCAAAACUGUACUGUAAAGCGCUUUGAGUGGUCAUCAAGACUAGAAAAGCGUUAUGUAAAUACAAAAUCAUUUACCAUAAGACGUGCAUGGCGGGAUUUGGAUAAGACUACAGAGUUUUGGGUGACAGUUCUAUGGACUGAUGAAACCAAACUGGAGCUGUUUGAACAUAUGGCCUAGGGGGUAGAGUGGGCGUUCUCCAACAAGAAGGUUGCUGGUUCUUUCCCCAUCUGCAUGCCGGAGUGUCCUUGGCAAGAUACUGAACCCCUAAAUGGCCCCUCAUAAAUGUUGAGUGUACAAGAAAUGACAGUCGCUUUGGAUAAAAGCGUUAGCUAAAUAACAUGUAAUGUAUUGUAAUAUGGACCAGUGGUGUAUGGCGUGCGAAAGGCCAGGCUUAUGACCAGAAGAACACUAUCCCCAUGGUCAAGCAUGGAGGUGGGUCAUUGAUGAUGUUGGACUUUUUUUCUGCGGCAAGAACUGGCAAUCUUGAUCGUGUACCUGGCAUCAUGGAUUCCCAGAAAUACCAGGCCAUUUUAAAGAGGAAUGUGAUGCCUUCUGUUGACAAAUUAAACCUUGGUGAUCAUUGGACUUUCCAGCCAGACAAUGAUCCCAAGCACACCUCUAAAUCAACCAAAGCUUGGUUGAGCAAAAGAUACUGGAACGUGCUGGAGAGGUGUAAAAAGCUUGUCAGCACGAAAAACGUUUGUUAGAAAUUACAAAAGCUAAAGGAUGCACCACAAAGUACUGAGCCUAGGGGUUGAAUAAUACUGCACAUGCACAUGUGUUAAAAGAGUUACAUGUUUCAUUUGAACUUCAAAGUUAAGUCAACUUCUGUUGUCAAAAUAACUCAUAUGUAUCAAUAAAUAUCUUUUGUUUAAUGA